AACACUACGAAAAAUACAAGUAAAUGAAUAAUGAUACAAUCAUAACAAAAUUAAUGCAAAUAUAUCCUGUAUUGUUAUAUUUAAGAAAAGUUGAUCUUUUUUAGGAGCUUCCUCUUCGUUUUUUACAAUGGCCAUAAUGAAUUUUGUGAACACUUGUAUUUCUGUUGUCCACAGGUGGACAAAGAGUCAAGUUUACCCUCUAAUAUUUGGUUCACAAAACGUUCCUGUUUACUGUCACAUGGGAAACUUUGGAUGUGGAGAUGGAGGAUGGACUUUGGCCAUGAAGAUUGACGGAAAGAAGGUAUGCUACUUUUCUAUCAAAGAAUACCACUGUUGUAAACUAAACACCACUAUAACUUUCCUUUUCUCAACAUUUCAGAAAACCUUUCAUUAUGAUUCCAAGUUUUGGAGCGACAAAAAUAUCUACAACCUUCCCGGAGGAAAGACUGGCUUUGACUCAGAGGAGACCAAAUUACCGACCUACUGGAACACACCCUUCUCCAAGAUAUGCCUCGGUAUGAAAAUCAACCAACAGCUCAGGUUUAUUGUCAUCAACAAGCAGGCAAGCUCUCUCCACUCACUGAUCGCUGAUGGAAAAUACCGCAACACUGCACUGGGUCGCAACACGUGGAAGAAGCUGAUCGGCUCACAAUCCUCCUUACAGGUCAACUGUAACAAGGAAGGCUUCAAUGCUGCAGGCAGUUUCAAAGGCUAUUCUAAAGCAAGAAUUGGUAUUCUUGGAAAUAAUGAAAAAGACUGCGCAAGCACUAAUUCCAGAAUCGGCUUUGGAACAGGAGGAUAUCACGAUGACACCAUCACUUGUGGAAAUUCUGCAAUAAAAGGAUACACAUCAGACAAUGGAGAGAAGCACAUCAAAGCUAUGGGAUAUAUCUUAGUGCAGUGACAAGGGAAUCGUUCAACUCUCUGUGACAUGGCCUUCGAGCAAUGCUCAGAUUAAACUCAAAUAUGUAGAUGUAGCUCAAGGGGUAAAAUUCAAUAAAAAAAGUCGUUCAAAACUGAUACCGUUUAACUAGUUUGGACCUUCGUUAGUUUACCGUAGAUAUCCAGUUCAUGAUCAAAACUAUUGCCUAACAAUUUUCGAUGGUCAUGAUAAUACAGCUAUGUCACUGGAAGUUGGGAUUUCACAUGAAUAAAAAAUUGACGC